GACUUCGAGAACACGCGUUUCCGGUGCGUCUGAGUUCAGACUUCCUCCACAUGCGAGCGUUAAUGUCCUUGCAGACUCGUGACCGGAACAGCUGAGCCGCGUUUAUCUUUGGGAAGGAAAAAGACGAAGAAGCAAAAUGUUGAUUUUGUCGAACAGAAUAAAGUUGUGUUCUCUGGCGCUUACCGCCGCGCGUCUGUGCAGCAGCGGCCCCGCGGCUGCCAACAACAACCCGACGGUUUACUUCGACAUCUCUGCAGGAAACCAGCCUCUCGGCAGAGUCACCUUCGAGCUCAGGGCCGAUGUUGUGCCAAAAACCGCAGAAAACUUCAGGGCGCUGUGCACGGGGGAACAUGGGUUCGGUUACAAGGGAUCCACUUUCCACAGAGUGAUCCCUCAGUUCAUGUGCCAGGGUGGCGACUUCACGAACCACAACGGGACGGGAGGGAAGUCUAUCUACGGGCGAAUGUUUCCUGAUGAGAACUUCAAACUGAAGCACACUGGAUCUGGGAUCUUGUCCAUGGCCAACGCUGGACCCAACACCAAUGGAUCCCAGUUCUUCAUCUGCACCUGUAAAACCCAGUGGCUGGACGACAAGCAUGUUGUCUUUGGCUGCGUGAAGGAGGGAUUGGACGUGGUCAACAAAAUGGAUUCUUUGGGUUCCCGGUCUGGGCGAACCUCCUCGCGGAUCACUAUCACAGACUGCGGAGAGCUCAAGUAGGCUCCGUGCGAGCGGCGGACGUGGUCCUGGUCUCAUCUCUCCUGCUGCAAUUUCAAUGUGAGGGUCCGAGUCAAAGAGGCUCUUUCUUCAGUCAGGGCACAUGGUGCUGCCUCGCUUUGCUGACAAUAGGCUCAGUUUUUCAACUGACACACUUAACAGUGUCUGGCUAUAAAAUGUGAAUGGGGUUGGGAGGAAAAGGGGCAUUUGUUUGCAGAAAAUAAAAAAAAUGCUUUUUUUUCCUAAUGUAUAACCUUGUUCUUGCCAUCUGUAUUGAUCCUACAUGAACCAGAUGUCAAGGCAUUUUUUAAAAAUACCCACAGGGAAAACUUGACACUUAAAACUGAACUAAGGUGUAUUAAUAAAGGUGUGCCCAUUUAUUGAGUGAA